AUGCCGGAAGGAACUCUGCCAAUUAAGGGACCUCAUCCCGCAACCGUGGGCAUCAUCUUCGUCGCAGUCGCCUUCAUCACCAUCCUUCUGAUCAGCCUAUACUAUUCUUUUUUCAAUAAGAUGAGGAAGCAAACUCGUUUGGAGCAGAGGGUUGCAAGGAAUGAGCGGGCGUUUGACAGUGACAACAGAGAUGACGAAGACUUGGAGAUGCAGGAAGCUCCUUUCGAUGAUUUGAAGAUGCCGCCCAAAGCGAUGACCCGCAAAUAA